AUGAAAUUCGUUCUCUGUAUACUCGCCAUCCUCGGAUGUGCCAGUGCACAGUUCGGUCCCUCCGCUAAACAACAGAUAAUCGACGCGCACAACUACUUGAGAUCUGAUAUUGCUAAUCCUUAUGGAGCUUUUGAUGAACCUAAAAAAUCAGCAACCAACAUGCGGGAGAUAGGACAAAGAGCCACGGAACAAUGGGAAAAUGAGUUUGCAAACUACGGAUGGAUUUCCAAUAUGAUGGAUGAUGACGCCUUCGAAUCUGGAAUCAAAGAGGCCACUCAGAUGAGGAAACCAGAAGGCUGCUCAAAUUUACAAAGAAAGACCGACCUGCUCUGCUUGCGGCAACGGAUUUAA